AUGUUUAAACUUAAGAUAUAUAUGCUUCCGAACUUAUCUUCUUCAAACCUUCAUUGCUCACAGGCAACGGUGAGGCAGCCUGUAGUCAAGAACAUGCUAAAGGCUCUCUACUUCCAGUUCACCGUUGGAGUCUUGCCCAUGUAUGCCGUUACUUUUAUCGGAUACUGGGCAUAUGGAUCUUCCACCUCGACUUAUUUACUCAACAGCGUAAAUGGUCCAAUUUGGGUGAAGGCAAUAGCAAAUAUACCCGCUUUCCUUCAAACAGUCAUCGCUCUGCAUAUAUUUGCCAGCCCAAUGUACGAGUAUUUGGACACAAGGUACUGGAUCACAGGAAGUGCACUGAAUGUAAAAAAUUUGUCAUUCAGAAUAGGUGUGAAAGGAGGGUACCUGGCCAUAACCACACUGGUCUCAGCUAUGUUACCUUUCCUUGGAGACUUCAUGAGCCUUACAGGAGCAGUCAGCACAUUCCCACUUACAUUUAUACUUGCAAACCAUAUGUACCUUGUGGCAAAGAAGACCAAACUCACUUCUCUACAUAAGCUUUGGCAUUGGUUUAAUGUUUGUUUCUUUAGCUGUAUGUCUUUAGCAGCAGCGGUUGCAGCUUUAAGGCUCAUAGCAGUAGACUCCAAAAACUACAAUUUAUUUGCUGAUCUAUGAUCAAAUUUACAUUUUAAUUCUUUUCA